ACAAACAGCACGAGUCCAGCCUUAUGGAAAGAUACUCACUCCAGAAAGUCAUCGGUGAGGGGUCUUUCGGUCGGGCUUUGUUAGUCCGGUGCAAAAGCAGCCAGGAGAAGUAUGUGGUCAAGGAAAUCCAGCUGCCAAAGAAUCACUCCAAAUUGGAGAAUUCGAGGAGGGAAGCCGUCCUGCUGUCCAGAAUGAAACAUCCUAAUAUUGUGGCCUUCAGGGAGGCAUUCGAAGCCGAUGACCUCCUGUGUAUUGUUAUGGAGUACUGCAGUGGAGGAGACCUGCUCCAGAGGAUCCGGCAACAGAAAACUACACAGUUCUGUGUUGAUGAUAUCUUGAGGUGGUUUGCUCAAAUGUGUUCUGCUGCACUGCAUAUCCAUGAUAAACGGGUUUUGCACAGAGAUCUGAAGUCAAAGAACAUUUUCCUGACAGAUAAUGGGGCAAUCAAGCUUGGGGACUUUGGCUCAGCGUGUAUUCUGAACAGCUCAAAGGCAUAUGCUCAUACAUAUGUUGGGACACCAUAUUACGUAGCUCCAGAAAUCUGGGACAACAAGCCAUACAACAAUAAGAGUGAUGUGUGGUCUCUGGGCUGCGUUCUCUACGAGCUCUGCACCCUGCGACACCCGUUUCAGGCAUCCAGCUGGAAGAGUCUGAUUCUUAAGGUGUGCCGGGGUGCGUACCCUCCUCUCCCUGAGCACCUGCCCUACGAGCUGCGCUAUUUAAUCAAGCAGAUGUUCAAGACAAACCCAAAAGACAGGCCGUCCCUGCACAGCAUCCUGACCUCCCACAGGGUUUCCAGAAUCCUACGAACACAUCUGCCCUCCCAGGCGGCAGAGACGCAGGAACAGGGGAGGUCGAUGCAAGGUCGAUGGAACAGAGAAGAAGGGAAGAAGGUGGCUAAUCUUCUGGGAGAGAAGAGUUUAAUAAAAACAUCAACAUUUGAAGGUGUGGAGUUGCCUGAAGCACACUGCGAAAGCACAGAGUCGGCUCCUCGAAAGCAGUGGGCCGCUCAGCCUUCAGACACUGUGCUGAACAUGUUGGCCAAAGCCAGUCUUGUCUCAUCUGACAGUAUGGCGUCAACCAACCAGACCCUCUCAGGUGUGUCAGAGGAGCCAGAGGACAGCAGGCAGAGGAGACAAUGGGACAGAAAUCCUCCUGAGAAGCUUCUUGGUCUAUUGGAGAAGGCCAGGCUGAGCCGAGCCUUCAGCACCUUUUUAAUAAACGCAGGAGGUGACGACCCUCUGGUGGGACCGCUCUCCCCUUCACAGGGAGACGACACUGACGGUCCUGAACCUGAGGUGGUUGUCGAUGAGGAGCGUCUGCAGCCUCGCUCUGAUGAUGAGGACACAGACUUUGAGGAAGAAUCUCCAUGUGACUGGAUGGAUGAAGUGGAGAAAAUGUUUUCAGAACACUAAAUCCUCGUUCCCUCCAAGCCAACACAAUCACAAGGCUGUGAUAAUGUUUACACUCACUAAAGGCACUAACUGUUUGCCAAAGUCAUUUCAUGUAUAAGAGACCAAGUAUAAAAGAGGACCAAUUUUUAUAGCAGGUUAAAUCCAAGUUUAAAAAAGCACAAUUAAGCUCAGACAGUAACACUGAGACUUCUUUUUUUUAUUGUAUGUUUCCAUUUCUGUGCUGAUUUUUGCCAAUGUGAUCACACUACUGCAACAAAACACUAAAAAUAGAACUGAAUAUGUUUCAGCCUUUUUUACAUAAAGAUGUUGAGAUGUG